GUCCCCUCACUAGUAGGUAGCGACCCACGAAUGGAGGGAGACCAAAUACCCGCGGAAAUUCCAUGAAUGAAAUUCAUGAAACGAACCAAACCUACGACAAAGUCUUCUGCCAUAUGUCUUUUGGUGCGUAAAGACAAGAGGCAAUGAAAGUAUGAACAAGGAUACAACGAGGCAUACCGGUAUAUAGGAGGCUUGCGUGAGAGAGGAAGAGAGGAGGUAGGGAGUGAGCGAGUGCGUGAGAGGGGCAAGAGUGGAGUGAGAAGAUCACGUGUGACACUGGUAUGGCCGUGGAAAAGGGCGGCGCGUUGAAGAAUGACGGCGUGCAGCCGAAACUUGUGGACGGUGGCUCGGGGGAGACACUGCAGCUGCAUGACCGGGGCCAGUGGGCCAGCAAGGCCGAGUUCCUGCUGGCCGUGGCCGGGCAAAUCAUCGGCCUCGGCAACGUCUGGCGCUUCCCUUAUCUCUGCUACAAGAAUGGAGGAGGUGUGUUUUUCGUGCCCUACCUGCUCUUCCUGGUGCUGUGUGGGGUGCCAUUGUUUCUGCUGGAGACCUCACUUGGCCAGUUCACCUGCCUGGGCGGGGUCAGUGCAUGGAGGAGCAUUUGCCCACUCUUUGGAGGUCUGGGCUAUGCGAGCCAGAUCAUGAUUCUGCACGGGUGUGUGUACUACAUUGUCAUCCUGGCCUGGGCUUUCUUCUACCUCUGCUCCAGCUUCCAGAGCGUACUGCCCUGGUCACACUGCAACAACACCUGGAACACAGCGGACUGUGUGGAAUUUGACAAGCAGAACCUCACAGCCAAUGCGAGCGGUUUGAUGGGAAACGCCACAUCGCCAGUGAUGCAGUUCUGGGAGAGGGAGGUGCUGAAGCUCUCUCCCAGUCCCGAUGAGCUGGGCUCGGUCAACUGGCGUCUGGCUCUCUGUCUGCUCUUCGUCUGGGUCGUCUGCUACUUCUGUGUGUGGAAAGGUGUCAAAUCCACAGGCAAGGUGGUGUACCUGACUGCUACCUUCCCGUACGUGAUGCUGUUUGUGCUGCUGAUUCGUGGCGUGAGUCUGCCAGGGGCCUCCAAAGGAAUCAUAUACUACCUCCAGCCCAACGCCACACGCCUCUCUGACCCACAGGUCUGGAUGGAUGCUGGAACUCAGAUUUUCUUUUCCUAUGGCAUCUGCCUGGGCAGCCUUACAGCACUGGGUAGUUACAACAGAUACAACAAUGACUGCUACAAGGAUUCCUUCCUGCUGUGCCUGCUGAACAGUGGCACCAGUUUCCUGGCGGGCUUUGCCAUCUUCUCCGUACUGGGCUAUAUGGCUGAGGAACAGGGAGUCAAGAUCUCCGAGGUUGCACAGUCAGGUCCUGGACUGGCAUUCAUAGCGUUCCCGAGGGCCGUGUCGAUGAUGCCUCUGCCUCAGCUCUGGGCUGUCUGCUUCUUCCUCAUGAUUAUUAUGCUGGGCCUGGACACACAGUUUGUGAGUCUUGAGGCCCUGAUGACGUCCGUAUCGGACCUGUACCCCACGCUGAUCAGACGCGGCUAUCGCCGGGAGCUGCUGCUGCUGGUCAUCUGCACCGUCUGCUGCCUACUCGGACUGGUCAUGGUCACCCCGGGAGGGCUGUACAUUUUCCAGAUCUAUGACCAGUUCUCCUGUAGCGGAGCCAGCCUGCUGCUCCUGUCUAUCUUCCAGUCUUUGGCUGUGGGCUGGGUCUACGGUCCAGAGCGUUUCUGUGAGAACAUCAGAAGCAUGGUCGGUUACUACCCCUCCCCUGUGUUCCGGCUGUGCUGGAGAUACCUCACCCCCACUGUCUGCAUUGCCACGUUUGUGUUCUCCCUGAUAAGCUGGGCCCCGCUGGACCUGGGCAAGGGCGUGGUGGCCCCGUCCUGGGCCACGGCUCUGGGCUGGCUGCUCACCUUCUCCUCCGUCUCCAUGCUGCCUCUCUGGGCCCUCUACGCCCUCCUCAACACACCUGGCACCUUCACGCAGCGCGUGCGUCAGUUGUGCCAGCCUGCUGCUGGCUCUCCCCUGGCCCAUAAGCCCGUCUUGGGCAACGGCUGCGACCUGUCGCUGGACCCCCGUGGGUAUCCCACAUCUGAGAAGCUCCUCGUGGGAAGCAUCAUCUAGCACCUCCACCGGCUCAGGAGUGUGUGUGUGCGUGUGUGUGUGCGUGUGUGUGUGCGUGCGUGCGUGCUUGCAUUACCUGUGGACAGGUGUAGUUAGGAAGUGUAGAAAGUAGAAAACUAUAAAUUAUUCUGCAGAAAGGACCGUAGCUUAUUUUUGUGCGCACAACAAAGAACAAAAUCCAGUAAUUAAACUUUUUUUUUACUUCAUUUAUUCUUUCAACAGUAGAACGAAACAGAAGAGGCAUUACGUUUUUAGAAUCAUGGGCACUUAAAAACUUGGAACUUUUAUUAUGUACAAUUUGCUGCGAUGGUGCUUCAGUUCAGUGUACGUACUUUGUUAAGAAAGAAAGAAA